AUGACCGUUCCCAGCAAAGAUGAAGUAGAGAACUACCCGUCCACGCCUCGUCGGGAGCUCCUGGCCUCCGGAGACUCGCGAGCGGUGGAGAACGCCCGGAAAGUGUACGAUUGGGCGGUUGAGGUAGAUGAGAAAAAACAUCACCCCACCACGACCUUCCUGCAGACCACCGCCAUUGGCCGGGCGCCUGGUCGGGUGGAGAUUCUGGGGAACCACACGGACUAUAACGAUGGAUUUGUGCUUUCCGCCGGGGUGCAGAUGCAGUGCCGGGUGGUGAUGGGCGUUAUGGAAAGAACGCACGAAGCAGACAAUUCUGUGUCGACAUCCUCGUCCCCUCCGUGCGAACUCUCUGUCUACUCCGCUUCGUUUCCCGAACUCGGAAUAGCGACCUGCACGUUUUCCGACGUUUUUUCUCAGCCGUUUGAGAACCUCGGCCUUCCCGGCUACUGCAAGUACAUUUGCGGGGUGUUUGUCGAGUUUUUCAGGAAAAUAAACAGGAGCGAAAAUAAUAACUUGGUCGAAACUGCAAAAUUGUUGAGCAAGAAAAUCGCAAAAAUCCAAGUCUACGUGGAGUCUGACGUUCCACUGGGGGCGGCGGUGAGCUCCUCUGCCGCACUCGAAGUUUCAACGGCGGUUGUACUGGAAAAGCUGUUUGCGAGUGCAGGGGAAUCUAGGAGCAUCGAUUUGUUUGAGAAGAGCAAGAAAAUCAGCUCGGCGCCGGCCUUGACGGCUCUGGAGGUCAUUCUUCUGUGCAAGAAAGCUGAAAAUGACUAUGUCGGGAUGGGUUGUGGGAUUUUGGACCAGUUUUCCUCGCACCAAGCAGCACAAGACACCUUGCUACUACUCGACUGCCGCUACCCCAUGGAAAAUUUGAAAAAGGUGCAAUUAUGCGAUUUUUGAUUCAGGACUAUGUUUGAUGUGUGAAACUGUUUCUUUUUGCUGCAAGACUGCAAAAAUCUCUACGUCCCUCGGGCGGACUGCGUUGUGCUGUGGUAGGAAGACUAGCCUCCACAUGGUAAAAUAGUUCUGUGCCACCUCCUGCUGGAUAUAAAAGUGUCCAAGAUGAUAUACGAUUCCAACCUAAAAUCAAAAACACCACUCUCUCACUUCAGAUCAAACCCUCGGACGGCGGAUUUGUGUUUGUGAUCGCCAAUACCGGAGUAAAGCUAUCCUGAGUAAAAAUGUCCCCACACCAAAGUCAAGAUGGGAAAUCCGCUAGACAAAUCCAUAAGCUUUGGCUGUUUCGCAUGACAAAUUUGGACGCGUAGUGUAGUGCUGUUUGAGCUAGCUAAGCAGCAUUACAGAUCUAGUAUCUCAUGCUGAUUGGCGCAUUACAGAUUUCCAAACCGCAUUAGGAAAUGCUUCUCAUGGGGCUCCGCAUGAGAAACAUUUUAAGCAUGCAGAGUAGCAUGACAACUAUGGUGUGGGUACGUUUUUACACAGGAUAAAAGCACGCUCUUGUGGACGGCCAGUACGAUAAACUGAAGCGACUCUGCUACGAGGGCCGCGAUUCGCUGAAAAAAGCCAUCGAGGAAGAGAACAAGCAGAACACGACGACCAGUAUCCUUCACCUCCGCGACGUCUCUUCCGCGCAGUUCGAGAAGUUCAAGGAGAAAAUUCCCACCAAGGAAGCCCGAGACCGAGCACAGCAUGCCGUGUACGAAAAUGAGAGGGUUUUGGAAGCGGCGAAACUGUUUGAAGAGGAUGCCGAAGUAGAAAGCCGCAGUAAAAGCGAGCUGGACCACGCGUCCUCUCCGUCGAAAAGGCGAAAGCGCGGCGAAGUAGAUGGGUCUCCAUCGACGAAGUCUGUUUCCGUAAGCGACAAAAUAAAUAAACCUCUUCCAACUACCACCACAUCCGCGGAAGAACUCCGCCUGAAGCGGUUCGGGCAGCUGAUGCACGAGAGCCACAAGAGUUCGCAGUUUUUGUUUCAAAACAGCUGCGCGGAGCUGGACAAAAUGGUGGAGCUGGCAUUGACGUGCCCGGGCUGUCUCGGCGCGCGGCUGAUGG